AUGGCUCAUCGGAUUCUCCUCUUGGCGGCCACUGCUAUUGCAAAGUCCGAAGAACAAGUAGGUCCCACAUGUUCGGGCACUAUUGAGCUGAAGGGCCACGGUCCUGUCCAGAUGACCAAUGCAUACUGGAAUGUCCCAGAGGAUUUGGCUGGGAACGUGGAAGUUGUCAAUGGAGCGAUUGAAGUCUUCAUGAAGGGCCGCACAUACUUUUCAGACGCUUGCGGUGCAAAGUUUAACAACAGCCGCUAUUCGCGGCUGUAUCUUCUUGGGAAGCGGCUGCGGUGGACCACAGAUAUCUCGCAGACAGACUGCGGUUGCAAUGCUGCUUUCUACUUGGGUUCGCUUCACCAGAAUGCUGACGUCUCCAAGUGCGAGGAUUACUACUGUGAUGCCAAUGAUGUAUGCGGUGUGCGGUGUGCUGAGAUUGACCUGCAAGAGGCCAACAAGCAUGCUUUCCACUCCGUACUCCAUCUCCAGGACGAUAACUCAGGAAGUGGACUUGGGUAUGGUGGUGGAGGCAUUGAUUGGAGCUGGCACAGAGAUUGGACCAAAGAAGAGUACGGCCCCGGUGCAAACUGCAUCGACACCAAUCAUCCCUUCGAGGUUGAGAUUGGUUUCCCUCUUGGCAGCAAUGGUGAGCUGCAAGCCUUGACAACGCGAUUGUCCCAAGUAGGAAGCCCGUGCGAGCUUCAAGCAGAGAUUCAAACCGCAAGCUACAUCUUCCAGGGCCGACCAAGCGCGAGUGAGCUGACUCAGGCCCUCCAUGAAGGGAUGACGCCUAUUGUUAGCUAUUGGAGUAACGAAGACCUGCAGUGGAUGGACGGCAAGGGUGCGGAUGGGUUGGGGCCCUGCGCCGAAGAUGUUCCUGAUUCCUGCGGACCAUCGGUACAAUUCUACGGCUUUGAACUGGAAAGCCUGGACGAAAGGCUCAUAUGA